UUGAACACAACGGUUGCUCAAUCAUUUAAUAGUUCGCUCGAAAUCGUCUGAUUCGAGAAGUACUCUAAAUAAAUAGAACGAUGAAUAACGACGACCACAAUACUACGGAUGGCAACUCUUGUGCCAUUUUAAGGAAAACGGACGACAAGACAGAACCAAAGGAUAAUGUGGCACGUAUGGUCACUGGACGCUGCGCUAAUGAAUAUAAAAUGAAUCACAAGUUUCGGGGUUUGGCGCUAAUCUUUGGUCAUGAGCAUUUUGACGUUGCCAACUUACAGAAUCGCAUUGAAACCAAUGUAGAUACCAAAAAUCUAACGGAAGCGCUUAUGAAACUCGAUUUCUGUGUGCGAGCCUUUAAAGAUUUGAGCCACAAAGAAGUGAUGGACAAAAUUAAGGAAACGGUGGCAAUGGAUCAUACGGAACACGAUUGCAUUCUAAUUGCGGUGCUCUCGUAUGGUGAGUGCGAUUUGAUCUACGCCAAGGAUACAUAUUAUCGCAUGGAUGAUCUCUGGAAUGCUUUUACGGCGGACAAAUGCCCAACGUUGGCGGGCAAACCGAAACUUUUUAUCGUUGAGGCGAAUCGGGGCAGAAAGCGCGAUAAAGGUUAUCGAAUGUCUGGUCAAACUCAGACGGACAGCGAUUCCCCAUCAAACUAUAGAAUUCCAAUACACGCAGACUUUCUGGUUGCCUUCAGCACCAUUCCCAACCACUGCACCUGGAGCGAUUACAUCAAGGGCAGCUGGUUCAUUUACAGUCUCUGCCAAGAACUUUCGAUCUCUGGCAGGAAAAUGGAUCUGCUCAUGCUUCUGACGUUUGUUGGUCAACGGGUCGCCGUUGAUUUUGAGACCUAUGACGAGGGAUAUAAGCAAAUUACCUGCACCAUGUCCACGCUGACCCGCAUUGUGUAUUUCGAUGACCACAAAAUCGAAACUGCGCGUAACUCAUGCUCCAAGUGACGAAU